CGUCGCUGUUGAGUUUAGCGAAGAAGAACUCGCCGCAUCAACGACUCUCCGCAUCUGUUUGCGCUUCAUCUUCAGCUUUGUCUCAAUUCCAGACUUUUUAUCCAUACGGCGAGGAAUAAUCACCAACAUAUUCCAUCCUAACUUCAUGCACCAACUGCUUUCUUCAUGUGGGACACUUGGUGAAGAUGAAUCGUCCAAAACCGACAGCACUGCGCCGCCCCAGCGCUGCAAAAUCAUCCGGUCAUCCUCCACCCGGAGAUUUUAUCGCUCUGGGCUCCAAGAACCAAGGCGGCGAAUCCAAAGCGCCCGCCGUCCUGCUGAAGCCGGCCGCCGCAGUUUUGCCGGCGGACCGAAAGAGAGAGGCUUCCUCCGCCCUACCGUCCUCGUCGGGUCUGUCGAGCCUGGCCAAGCGGCCCAAGCUUUCCACCACCCCACCAAUAAGCGCCCUGGGACGCCUUGCUGAUGUUGUCGCCGCAGACAAGAGGGCAAUAUCCCCCUCUAUCAAGGAGCCGUCAGUGGUACCUAUUGAAGUGUCACCGGCGCUGCUGCUGGAUGAGAUCGAGGCGGCAGAGUCCGAGGGCAACGACGAGCGCAUCGAGGGUCUGCUGUGCGGAACGGUGAAGCAACUCAAGAUGAACCGAGCCAAGCCGGACGUCACGCUGUACCUCAGCCUCAUGUUCCUCGCCAAAAUAAAACCCAACGUCUUUGCCACAGAAGGAAUCAUAGAGGCCUUGUGCAGCCUGCUGCGACGAGACGCUUCCAUCAACUUUAAAGCGAAAGGAAACAGCCUGGUGUCCGUGCUGGCCUGCAAUCUACUGAUGGCCGCCUACGAAGAGGACGAGAACUGGCCUGAGAUUUUUGUCAAGGUAUAUAUCGAGGACUCCCUGGGGGAAAGAAUCUGGGUGGACAGCUCUCAAUGCAAGAACUUUGUAGACAACAUCCAGACGGCUUUCGGCACCAAGAUGCCCCCUAAAAGCAUGCUGCUGCAGGCCGAAACGGGACGAGCCGGUGGGGAGUUCAGUGCAGGGAGCAGCCCUCAUCCAUCAACUCCUGAUGAGGACGACAGCCAGGCUGAGUUACUGAUAGCUGAAGAGAAACUCAGCCCUGAGGAUGAAGGGCAGGUUAUGCCAAGGUAUGAGGAACUAGCGGAGAGCGUGGAGGACUACGUGCUGGACGUCCUCCGAGAUCAGCUGAACCGCCGGCAGCCCAUGGACAACGUGUCCCGCAACCUGUUGCGCCUGCUGACGGCGGCGUGCGGAUACAAAGAGGCCCGACUUAUGGCCGUGCAGCGGCUGGAGAUGUGGCUCCAGAACCCAAAGUUGACCCGACCAGCUCAGGACCUCCUCAUGUCGCUGUGCAUGAACUGCAACACACACGGCGCGGACGACAUGGAGGUGAUCUCCAACCUGAUCAAGAUCAGACUCAAGCCCAAAGUGCUCCUCAACCACUACAUGCUGUGUGUCAGGGAGCUACUGAACGCGCACAGGGACAACCUGGCCACUAUGGUGAAGUUGGUCAUCUUCAACGAGCUGUCCAACGCCAGGAACCCCAACAACAUGCAGGUUCUUCACACAGUGCUGCAGCACAGUCCGGAGCAGGCACCAAAGUUCUUGGCCAUGGUCUUCCAGGACCUUCUCACCAACAAGGACGACUACCUCCGCGCCUCACGAGCCCUGCUGAGGGAGAUCAUCAAGCAAACUAAACACGAAAUCAAUUUCCAGUCUUUCUGCUUCGGUUUGAUGCAGGAGAGAAAGGAGGCCAGCUACGUGGACAUGGAGUUCAAAGAGCGCUUUGUAAUCCAGGUGACAGAUUUACUGACCGUCUCCAUGAUGUUGGGCAUCACAGCUCAGGUCAAAGAAGCCGGCAUUGCUUGGGACAAAGGAGAGAAGAAGAAUUUGGAGGUCCUGAGGUCCUUCCAGAAUCAGAUCGCCUCCAUUCAAAGGGACGCCGUGUGGUGGUUGCACUCCGUGGUUCCUACCAUUAGCAAAGUGGGCGCCAAGGACUAUGUCCACUGUCUUCACAAAGUGCUUUUUACAGAGCAGCCAGAGACCUACUACAAGUGGGACAACUGGCCGCCGGAGAGCGACCGAAAUUUCUUCCUGCGCCUCUGCUCCGAGGUGCCCUUGCUGGAGGACACGCUGAUGCGCAUUCUGGUCAUCGGGCUGUCCCGCGAUUUACCGCUGGGUCCGGCGGAUGCCAUGGAGCUCGCCGACCACCUGGUCAAGAGGGCGGCUGGCGUUCAGUCAGACGAUCUGGAGGUCCUCGUCGUGGAGCGGAUCCAGCUUAUCGACGCUGUGCUCAACCUGUGUACAUACCACCACCCGGAAAACAUCCAGCUGCCUGCAGGGUACCAGCCGCCAAAUUUGGCAAUAUGCACCCUUUAUUGGAAGGCUUGGCUGUUGCUGCUGGUGGUUGCUGCCUUCAAUCCACAUAAAAUAGGCUUGGCUGCCUGGGAUGGUUACCCUACCCUAAAGAUGCUUAUGGAGAUGGUUAUGACAAACAACUACACGUACCCGCCGUGCACCGUGGCGGAUGACGACACGAAGACGGACAUGAUAAGCCGCGAGCUGCAGAUCUCCCAACGGGAGAAGCAAGAGAUCCUGGCCUUUGAGAGUCACCUUGCGGCCGCCUCCACCAAACAGACCAUCACCGAGAGCAACAGCCUGCUGCUCUCACAACUUACUAGUCUGGACCCGCAGGGUCCUCCUCGUCGACCUCCUCCUCAGGUGCAGGAGCAGGUGAAGACCCUCAACCAGUCCCUGCGCCUCGGCCACCUUCUUUGUCGCAGCCGCAACCCAGACUUCCUGCUUAACAUCAUACAGAGACAGGCCUCCUCUCAGUCCAUGCCAUGGCUGGCGGAUCUGGUCCAGUCUAGCGAGGGGUCUUUAGACGUGCUUCCCGUGCAGUGCCUGUGUGAGUUUCUCUUGCACGACGCCGCAGACGACAGCCUGCUAAUAGACGAUGACGACGAGGGAGGGAGCAAAGAGCAGAAGGCCAAGAAGAGACAGAGGCAACAAAAACAAAGGCAACUCCUUGGACGGCUCCAGGAUCUUCUGCUCGGUCCAAAAGCUGACGAGCAGACGACAUGCGAAGUGCUGGAUUACUUCCUGCGACGUCUCAGCUCCUCUCAAGUGGCGUCAAGAGUCCUGGCUAUGAAGGGUUUGGCACUGGUUCUGACUGAAGGAGGCCUCAAAGACGGAGAGGAACGCGACCAGCCCAUGGAGGAGGACUCUGGUGAUGGAGAGCUUCUUCCAGGGUACCAGUGGCUUCUGCAGGACCUCCCGAAACUCCCAAUGUUUGACAGCGUCCGAGGCAUGACGUCCACUGCCCUGCAGCAGGCCAUUCAUAUGGAGACAGAUCCUCAGACCAUUAGUGCUUAUCUCAUCUACCUCUCCCAGCAUGCACCAGUGGAGGAGCAGGCCUCUCACAAUGACCUGGCUUUGGACGUCGCCCGUCUCAUUGUGGAGCGCUCCACCAUCAUGAACAGCCUGUUCUGCAAGCACUCUUGCAGACCGGAGUCGGAGGCCGUUCUCAGCGCUUUCCUCUCCAUCUUCUCGGCGUACAUCAGGAGGAUGAGGAAGACCAAAGAAGGGGAGGACCUGUACAGCUGGUCAGAAUCUCAAGAUCAGGUGUUUCUGCGGUGGACUACAGGAGAAACGGCCACAAUGCACAUCCUCGUUGUCCAUGCGAUGGUCAUCCUUCUUACUCUGGGCCCUCCUAAAGGGGAGAGUGACUUCUACAACCUUCUGGACAUUUGGUUCCCUGACAAGAAACCUUUGCCCACCGCCUUUUUGGUGGACACGUCAGAAGAGGCCCUGCUGCUCCCCGAUUGGUUGAAACUAAGAAUGAUCCGAUCUGAGGUUUCUCGAUUAGUGGAUGCGGCUUUGCAAGACCUGGAGCCUCAGCAGUUGCUUCUCUUUGUUCAGUCGUUUGGCAUUCCGGUCUCGAGCAUGAGCAAACUCCUGCAGUACUUGGACCAGGCAGUCUCGCAUGAUCCACAGUCACUGGAGGAGAACAUCAUGGACAAGCACUACAUGGCUCACCUCGUGGAGGUGCAACAUGAGCGUGGUGCCAUCGGGGGGCACACUUUCCACGGAUUGCUGAGCUCCUCACUUCCUACGCAUAGAGAUGCUGCUGAAACAAGUAAAGCCAAAGUUACAGUGGAAACGCCGCACGGCUCCGUUAAGAUGAGAGCAGCCACUCAGCUUCCUGCUGUCGGGCCUGAUGAUGACCUGGCGAGCUUGCUGAUUCGGAUAUUUCCGAUGAAGGCGGAUGCACGCUGGCAGGGCCCACCUCCCAACCAGCUUUCCCUUGCCUUGCAGCAGGCUCUGGCCAAGGAGAUCAUGCGUGCCAAGCAGGGUCACGCCCAACAGGGAGGGCUGCCGUUCCGUCUCCUGCGGGCCCUCUCAGCCCUGCUCAGCUCAAAUCACCCCGGACCGAUCGUCCUCGCCAUGCACCGCAGCCAAGCUCUCUCCUGCCCACUCAUGCGGCAGCUUCACCUCUACCAGCGCCUCGUGCCGCAGGAUGUUUCCUUCUCCUCGCUGUUCCUCAAAAUCAGCGUCGAGAUGCUUAUCUGGCUGGACAGUCCGUCUGUGGAGGCGGGGCCUCUGAAGACCCUGCUCAAGUCCUUCAUCGGCCAGAACUCUCACACGCACAGAUACGCUGAUGUACGCUCAGGCUUCCUCCACCUGGAUGAGACGCUGGCAUAUCGCGGCGAUACAGAGGUGCCGCUCAGGGCGAUCAUUGCGAUGCUGAAAGCAGGAGCGAGAUGUAACGCUGAGGCGGAGCUCAUUGGAAAAGUGCUCCAAGGGCUGAUGGAAGCCAAGUCUCCUUAUUUGGAGGAGCUGUUGUCUCUCUUGAUGACGGUCGGUACACAGAAUGGGACGGCCGGCCCCGUUGCCAUGGUGAUAUCAUUGCUCCUGCAGGAAAGUGAGGAGCGUGCCGUGAAGGACGCGGCUGCAAACAGCUCUGAGGUGACAAAAUCCGGGUUGAACUCGGGGCUGUUGGUGGACUGGAUGGAGUAUCUGGACCCCGAGGUUACGUCAGUCUGUUCUGAUCUUCAGCAGAAACUCUUGUUUGCCCUGAGCAAGGCGCGAGGCACUCCAGCCUACAGGCCUUACCUUCUGGCCCUGCUCACGCAUCAGUCCAACUGGGCCACGCUGCUGCAGUGUAUCAGCGCCCUGCUCAGCAAGAGAAAAGAAUACAAAUUGGACCCGACUUCUGCUCUGGAUUUUCUGUGGGCAUGCAGCCACAUCCCGCGCAUCUGGCAAGGACGCGACCAGAAGAUCCCUCAAAAAAAAACUGAAAAGUUUGUGUUGCGGCUCAACUCCGAGGAGCUCAUCAGCCUGGUGGAUCUGAUUCUGGCCGAGUCGAAACUCAACGUCCGCAACUCCCCGCACGACGAGAAGAGCGUGGCGGAGGAAGCUUGCUGCUCUCUCAUUCAGGCCAGGGUGCCUCUACUUCGCUCGUACUGCAACGGCCGCCUGGAGAACAUCAAGAAAGUGUCCGAGUACCUCAUCAGCUGUACCAAAAAGUGGGAGGACAGCACAAUGAGUAAGCGCUGCCAGAACUUGCUACUGCAGAUCUAUCUCCACUUCCCGGAGGUCAUCCAGCACGUCGCCUUGCCCGAUGGCACGUUAAGCAGCGGGGGGACAGCAGACGGCAGCACCUGCAAGCUUGACGUCCUGGUGCACCGUCUAGUCACGCUACUCGCUGAUGUCGGAGACUCAAAGUCAGCAGAGGACCGCGUUUCCGACGCCAACCUUGCAUGUCGGAAGCUGGCCGUAUCGCAUCCUGUCCUCUUGCUCAGGCACCUGCCCAUGAUCGCAGGCCUCCUUCACGGUCGGAUUCACCUAAACCUGCGCGAGUUCCGGCAGCACAACCACAUGACGUUCUUCAGCAACGUCCUCGCCAUCCUGGAGCUGCUGCAGCCCCUGGUGUUCCACGCCGACCACCAGAGGGCGCUUCAAGACUGCCUCUUGUCCUUCAUGAAGGUCCUCAAGUACUUUCAAAGGAGUCGUUCCCCCUUAGUCAUCAUCAAUAAAUUCCUCCAGUUUACGCAAAAGUACAUUACCCAUGAUGCAGCAGCCGCCAUCCCGUAUCUGCAGACGCACUCUGACAUACUGCAGACCAUGAGUGCUGAGAAUCCAGACUUGGUACAGCUGAAGUCUCUCCUGGCUGGACUCACUCUUCCUGUAAGGAGUUCCUCCGCAGAGCUCGCUGCAGACGACAGAGAUGAUGAGGUGGCGGCCGGUUCCCUCCCUCUGGUCAACAUCUCCGCGUCGGUUCCUCUGAGCGGCGCUGACAUGACAAAAUAUCUGAAGAAGAUGUCGAGGGGGGAGGCGGUGGAGGACGUGUUGGAAGUGUUGACAGAGGUGGAUGAGAAGUCGAGGAGGAGCCCGGAGAUCAUCCAGUACUUCAUAAACGAUCUGCAGAGACUCAUGACGUCCCCAGAGGAACUCUGUCGGAAUAUCGCUUUCAACCUGGCGCUACGCUGCAUCCAGAAUAAUCCCUGCCUGGCCAACGACUUCCUGCCAACGUUCAUGUACUGCAUGGGCAGCGGGGACUUUGACGUGGUGCAGACGGCCCUGAGGAAUCUUCCAGAAUACGUGCUGCUAUGUCAAGAACACGCAGACAUCUUACUCCACAAGGCGUUUUUAGUGGGAGUCUACGGACAAAUCGACACCAGUUCUAUGAUCUCAGAGUCGAUGAAGGUCCUCCACAUGGAAGCAAUUUAGAUUAUUUUGUAGUUUAACCACACUGCAUUUUUACUUUACCAAAUGUGAAAUUAGUCCUUGGCCAGGGCAUGAAUUUUAUGGAAUUCAAUCAACAAACAUUUUAAUUGGAGACCUCAAGGCCACUCAUUCCUUUGCCUCCAAGCCGCAACGUUUUCCUGUCACUGAAAAACCAUCUAUGACUCACAGCCUGCUGAAUAAAAGAACGGGCGCAA